GUGCUGUGUCGCCGGACAAAAAUAGUGUGUAUUUACCGGGAGUGUAGCUUUAUCAUCUAUUUACUACAAACUAAGAGUUUAAAAACAACACACAAUCCUAACAUCGCAACCGCCUGAUUGAAGGUCAGUCCUAUAACGUUGGUUUGGUUUUCAUAAAUUCCGCUUUAAUGCUUUCCCGGUCGGCUACUUCUGGCAGUUGUUUAUUUUUAGCCGGCAUGAUAACCAGAUAACGAUCACACUGACUGCACUGCACAGUGGCUUAGCGUUCUCGUCGACAAAAACAGAGAAGACCUUGGAUCUUUUCCUUCCGUGACGAGCCACAAGCGCGGAACGGAACCGUUGAUAAACAGCUGUUUUGUUUGUUUGUUUAGCGGUUCGAAAAUCGAAGUGAACGGAACGAAAUUUUAUCCACCCGAAGCUAGAGCGUAGGAACUGGAAUAAAGACGCUCAACCUUCAAUCUGGACGCAAACGCGUCGCAAGACACUCGAAGUCGCGUAGAUAAGGCGUGCGAGAUAACGAGCGCAUCACACAGCUUUGGGCGAGAGUGGUCGGUCUCCCGGACAGCAGUGGGGUCAAUUAUCGUGUGUGUCUCGUGAGGUGGAUGAAUAUAAAACAGUUCGCCUCAGAUCACGUCCCGAGCAGUAUUAAAUCAGUCGUCAGUCCAGCACUUUAGUCAACAAGUAGCACCCUUCGCGACCAUAGCAAGAUGAAGGUUCAGACGGUGCGUGGUCCAGUGGAUCCGGAGCAGUUGGGUUACACGCUAACGCACGAGCAUUUCACGCUCAACUUCGAUAAGAUGUACUCGGCGCCACCGGAUGCGGUGGAAGAGUAUGUCAGCAAGCGGAUUACGCUCGAGAACGUUGGCUACGUGAAGCAGUACCCGUACGGUAGUCGGUACAACAUUAACUUUGAAGACUUCGAUACGCAUCAGGCCGUGACGAAGGAUGUGGUGGCGUACAAGAAGUUCGGGGGAGGAUCGAUCGUCGAGAACACGUCGCACGGGCUCGGGCGUAACCUGAAGCUGAUGCACGAUGUGUCGAAAGAGGCGAAUGUGCAUGUGAUCGCCGGGACGGGUCACUACAUUCACGCGAUGCAGGAUGAGGCAACGCACGGGAUGAGCGUCGAGCAGAUGACGGACCUGUACACGAAGGAGCUUCUGUUUGGUGUGGAGGUGUCCGGGUUGGACGAACCGGUCAAGUGUGGCUUUAUCGGUGAGGUUGGAAGUGGAUGGCCGAUAACGCAUUUCGAGCGCAACACAAUACAAGCGACGGCAGAGGUGCAGGCCGCGAUCGGUUGCGGCGUUUCGUUCCACCCGGGCCGUGAACGGGAUGCUCCGUACGAGAUUGUUCGGCUCUAUCUGGAGGCAGGCGGUAGUGCGUCCAAGUGUGUGAUGUCGCAUCUGGAUCGGACGCUGUUCGAGGAUGAGGAUUUGCUGGAGUUUGCUAAGAUGGGCACGUACCUGCAGUUCGAUCUGUUCGGUACGGAGUGUUCGUACUAUCAGCUGAAUCCCGAGUCGUACAUGCAGUCGGAUGAGCAACGGAUUCAGAAAAUUAUACGGCUGCUUCGCGAGGGUUACGAGGAGCGCAUUCUGAUGGCACACGACAUCCACACCAAGCAUCGGCUGACUUCCUUCGGCGGACAUGGGUACAGUCACAUUCUGAACAACGUACUGAUGCGGUUCUCGCUGCGUGGUAUCGACAUUAAGACGGUGGACACGAUGACCAUCAGCAAUCCGGCACGUUGGCUAGAGAUGAAGGUUUAGCAUUCGUAGUGUGCGUGUGAUGAAUGUGUUGGCAGUUAAGGAAGUAUUAUUAGUGUUCCGUGAUGUAAGGUUGAAAAGUUAAGGAAUAUUGUUCAAAAGCGUUAAAAUAAACGAUCCCAGUUCCCGUGGUUCUUAUUA